AUGAAAGGAGGGAUUCAUGAGAAACAUCUACCUGCAUGGUUAGAGAGAUUAAUGGGUGAAACAUUCUUUGGUGGUUGUGGGGUCCACCAAGAUAGAAAGAAGAACGAGAAGAACGUCCUUUGCUUACACUGUUGUCUCUCUAUAUGUCCUCACUGUCUCCCUUCCCACCGCCAUCACCCUCUCCUCCAGGUGAGAAGGUAUGUUUAUCAUGACGUGGUUCGAUUGAGUGAUCUUGAAAAGCUCAUAGAUUGUUCCAAUAUUCAAGGAUAUACGAUUAACGGUGCUAAAGUGAUAUUCUUAAAAGAGAGGGUUCAGUCAAGGUCAUGCAAAGAUACUGCCAACGUUUGCUGCUCUUGUGACAGGAUUCUCCAGGAGCCCUUCCAUUUCUGUUCUCUCUCAUGCAAGGUUGAUUUCAUGGUAUGCAAGGGUGAAAGGAUAUCGAGCAUAUUACAUCGAUACAAUGAAUCAGAUUUUUCAUAUUACUCCCAGUUCGAGGGUUUAAGGGUUGAUAGCUCUGAAGUUAUUGAUGAAGAUAAUGCCCAUUUUGCCCCUACUACUGAAGAAGCUACAAGCCAUUCUAUGAAUAAUACUGUUUCAUCAUGUGAACAAGAACUCGAGAAUAAUAAAGCCAAUGGUAAUUUCUUCCUCUCUCAUGGAAGCUGCAGGAGAAAGAGUGCCCCUAAGAGAGCUCCACUCUCCUAG